AUGCCCGCGCAACGAUUGCGCAACCCAAAAACCUGGCAUAUCGCCACUUUAGCACCAGGUCUCGAUAACACUCGUCUCCGCUUCCCGAUCCUCGUUGCCACCGACGAUAGCAGCAGCAAAACCCUUAUGUCCUCCCAAAGCGAGUUAGACACUCUGCUCAAGACACACUACGGGGAUGCUGCGUCCGACAUACCCACCACAACCUCUUCAUCGCCACAACGAAAGGACAGCGUAGUAGACCUAUCCACUCCAUCCGAAAAAUCUCCAUCAAAUCCCUUCACAGACGACUACCUCACACCCUUAUCCUCCCAUUUCGUCGACGGAGAACUAUGCUUCAGACUCUUCAGGUUCUUCAGAUUCCUCAGACUACGCCAAAUGGCUGAAAAGGGACGGGACUGA